AUGGCUUGGCGAAAGAUGUUUUCCAUUUGUACGACCGCGUAUGUGAUCAUGUUCAGCAUCACUCAUGCAAAUUCGGAUAACAUGGAAAUUGAGGAUGAUCAUAAGAGGAAAGCUGGCCUACGCGACGGUCUCAAUCUGGGCGACAAUUUUGACAGUAUUGAUCAGCAGGAUAAAGACAUGAAUGCACAUACGAACAGUAUUGAGCUCGGAGCCGGCCUCAGCGCCGGACUCGGUUUGAUUGCCGGAACCGAACGCGCUGACUAUUAUGAGCACAAUGACGCUAAAGCUCAGAUGGAGCAUCAAAAGGAUGGCGUCUUUCUCGACAAUGUCGAUCAGCAUCAGGAUAGUCAAUCUUUGACUCCAGUAAAUGGUGCACUGAUCGCUGUUGGUGGCGGACCCUUUCCCAAGUUGAUUCUCGGCUUCACUGAUAUCUCAAGUAGAGAGAUUAGCCAGCAGAAUGGUCGCCACCUUCGUUUGCAGGGUUAA